GGCGUUGGACUUCGUCCUUUAUCCAGACUGCACCGUACCAUCUGAACGGAUGGAUCUGCCAAGAAAGAUGACAUCCAAGGCGGCUGUCAUAACCGGCUCUCGCCUCGACCGGCGGCCUCCCUCCCUCUCCCUCUCUCCCUCGCAUACUGGUCACCCCUCUCGUCCCAGUGGACUCGCCCGGUGCCUCGGGCAGUAUCUGUGACACGACCUCGGGUGAGCGGCCGGGAAGCAAUACAGUUUUGAACGGGACGCCGUGCUGUCUACUUCAAUGGCGACGAGGCGGUGAACGUGUGCGCCGCGCGGUGAUUAGUGGCAAGGGAAGCAGUGAUGGCGUCAGUGAGCCGGGCGCCCGAGUUUGAUGCGGCAGUGGAGUCGUUCGGCGCGUACAGCAGGCGUCUCGAACAGCACUUUGUCGCCAACAGCGUCGGUGAAGAUGAAGUCGAGAAGCGCCGCGCCAUACUGCUGAGCGCGGUUGGCGCCAGCACCUUCAGCCUCCUGGAGGACCUCAUAGCCCCAGCCGCAGUGGGAGACAAAACGUUCAAGGAGCUGGUGAAGAUAUUGGUCGACCACUUUGAACCGCAACAAUCUGCAAUUGUCUCCAGAUUUCGGUUUCACUCCUGCACUCGCGAUGCUGGAGAGUCAGUGUCGUCGUUUUCGGCGAGGCUCCGCAAGCUUGCGAAGCCCUGCAAGUUUCAGCCAGGCCAGCUGGACGAGAUGCUUCGUGACCGACUGGUUUGCGGUAUUCAGCAUGAGCGGCUGCAAUCACGUCUGCUGAGCGAGCCGCGGCUGACUCUGGACACGGCUCUGGAGAUCGCUCAGGCCCACGAGUCGGCAGCAGCCAGUGCAGCCGAGCUCAGCGGCCGCUCCGAGUCGUCUGCCGUCAUCGGACGGGUCGAUGGGACACCACGGAGGAUGGUGAACGACAGCCGACCAGCCCUGGUGAACGACAGCCGGCGAGCACUGGUGAACGACAGUCGGCGAACACUGGUGAACGACAGCCGACCAGCCCUGGUGAACGACAGCCGGCGAGCACUGGUGAACGACAAUCGGCGUCCCCUGGACACCGGCGGGGCUGCCUCCCGCGCUCCGCCGGCGCGGGGUGCCUGCAGCCGCUGUCUCAGCCGACGGCACGUCCCGGCGGCCUGCCCCUUCCGCUCGCAGAACUGUUAUGCGUGCGGAGCCGUGGGCCACACCAGAGCGGCCUGCCGGAGCCGCGCCGAGUCUCAGCGUGUCCGGCUGCUGGAGGAGGAGGAGCAGCCGGAGCCGUCCGUGACGCCUGGGACUUCUCAGAGUGGCGCGGCGCCCCACAAUGACGCGAUGGUUUGGGGUGCUAUCGUGGCGCUGAGGUGA